AUGGGACUGUCUGGACGGUUUGAGAUGACGGCGCCGCGCAGGCUGCAGGUCGAGAGUCUUUCUGAGCUGCGCACUGAGACGCUGCCAAGACGGAAAGCUGUAAACCGCGGCCCCGAAGUCCCUGCUAGGCCAGUCAGUGAUGAGCAGCUUGUCUUCUCGGGCACCCAGUUGCGUGGCAUGCGGGCACAAAAUGCGGAAGCGACAGGGCCGUCGUCAUCAGCGGAGAAUGGCAGCUCGGAAAGAGCGCCAGGUCAGUGGUCUGAGGCCGAGAAGUUGGCAUGGGUGCAAGCGCGGCAAGGGCUACCGGAGAGCGACUCCCAGCCAGCGGGCGACGAAGGUGGCGAGGAAGAGGAGCCUGUGCGCUUUGCAGCCAAGGAGUACCUGAUUGAUGUGCUGUCCAACAUCUAUAGCUGCCACCACAGGAUGGAGAUUCUAGGGAGUGAAGCGCUGGGCCAGGCGAUCACGGCGUUCUACACCCUGAGUGACGACGCGUUCGUGCUGCUGGACCAGCAGUUCCGGCGCUUCAACACUGCUUCUACGCUGUGCGAGAAGAUGGGGUUGAGCAACAGUUUGAGUCUCUUGGGGAAGGGCGUCGGGAAGCUGAUGAUGUUCUCGGCCCUCAUCCACGGCCUUGCCGAGUUCGGAGACGGCGCUCGCUCUUGGACUCGAUCCUGGCGCCGUCCGCAUCCAUCCAAAGUGAACGAGCCCGGGGCGAACCAUGCAUGGCCGUGGCUGCUGCCACCGCUGGCGAAAUCCGCCGUGAAGAUGCUCAAGAAGUUUGCUGCCGCUGAGAAGCUGCCCAUCACGACGAUCAACAAGGCUACCCCAUUCGCAUCCGGCGAGGAGCUCCAGGCGCGGAAGGACCUCGGCGCUGAUCUGGGCCGCGACCUGUCCCCAAUCGAGUACACGCGGCGAGUCGUGGAGUACGUCGUCAACAUCGAAGAGGGCGUCUUCGGGCGCGUCAUCGAGGAUCACGAGGUCGUGCCAAACUAUCCGGGCGCGCCACCGAGCAAGCAGAUGCGUGAACGAGGACCAGUGUUCUGCAAGAAGGUCCCGGAGUCCGCUGAGGACAGGGAGAAGCUGAUUGGGGCGCUUGAGCGCUGCUUUGGCAACAAUCUGGGCAUCGAGGAGUUCUGGCCUGGUGGUGUCCGCCGGCCUCCUCCUUCAGGCCCGGGCGCUCACAGGAACGAUGAUGUCGCCGGAAAUGUCGAAGAGAUGAGCGAGGCACAGGACCGGGGCCCGAGCAACGAGAACCAGGAACCGGGGGCAGGACCGGCUGCAGACACGGGCAACGGUCGGUCGCCUCAGACUGCCAACGGCCACCAGGACCCGGGCCUACGGAAGAGUCAGCGGUCGACGAAGCGGAACCAGCAGUCCGUACAGGAAGAGGGUACCGAGCCACCGGCCAAGAGAUCGAAGGGUGGCAAAUGACUAGAGUACGGUCUGUGAUUGAGCAAUCAAUCAAAAUGUGUCUGGUGGUAGUGUAAGUUCGUGACGGUGACUCUUCUUGCUAUGGUCAAAAAGUGCAUGGGAGCAACAGCGGCUUCGACUUGGAUAGAGCGUUGUCGGCGUCGGACGUGGCAGAUGCAUCUAGGGAACUCAUGAAGUAGACUUUGCAACAGGCCUAUUUGUCAAGUGUUAAGUGCAUCGGUUGGGUGAAAGCAUACAUGUCGAUUUUAGAGCGAGAUUAGGUAGACUGGGAUGUGGCGUGCGCAUUCAGCUAGUGUAUUUUGAGAACGUGCUGAGCAGGUUUGCAGAAGUGCAAUCCACGCUUUAUGGUUAGCUCAAGAAUGAGUAUUGCGGGACCGUCAAUACACUUGGAAGGCAGAACGACUAAAGGUGUGUCGUACGCUACUAUAAUACACACAACGUGAAUCUGAGCAACAUGGUUGGCGCAUCCGUGACUUCCAUAGGCAGGUCGAUUUAAGGAACUAAGGAACCAUGCAGCCAGUGGCCACUUAAAGUGAACGGUGGUGACGCGGGCAGGAUUGAUUGUAUAGAUUCUGAUCAAGACGGUGUCACA